AUGGCUGCCUAUGAAACUCUUAUUAUUAAUUGUUACGUCAAAGCUUACGAUGACGAUGAAUGGUUUUCUUACACAAUAGAUCUAUCCGGAAGAUACAAAGAAUUAUUUGGAAAAAUAAAAGUAUCAGCUAGUGCAGACUCUAAGUUUAACUCCGCGGACAUUAAAAUUAAAAAAGGAAUCUCCAGACCAACAAUUGCAAUCAUUGAAUUAAAAGCUGACAAUAAAGAAUGGAUAAUACGAGAUACAAAUAACUGGACAAAUGAAAUUGAAUUUAAUUUUUUAGAUGUUACUAUAGAGGAGGCAAUUCAUAAAACCAGCCCAUUUCGACUGGAUGUAGUUUUGAAAAUAACCUGGUGUGGCUUUGUUGAUGAUAUUAAUUCGCCAAAUUUAUACGAUAAUCUGAAACAUUAUCUGUACAGCCCGGUAUUCAGUGAUCUUAAAAUACGUGUACAAAACAACAAAGAGUACCCAGUACAUAAAAUUGUCUUAGCUACUCAGAGUCCAGUAUUGGAAAAUAUUUUACGAACGACCAUGGAAGAAACAAACGCCAAUUGUAUUUUUUUUUCUGAUGUUGAAGAAGAAGUUGGGGAUGAUCUUGUUAUGUUUUUCUACCAGGGUAAACUGAAAAAAGCUCACAACGAUCAUAAAACUGCAUUGAAAUUGCUUGAAAUUGGAACUGCUUAUAAGAUUUCGAAAUUAUCCAUGAUAUGUAGCUACAUUUUAAGUAAUAAGUUGACCGUUGAAAAUGUAUUAAAUACAUUGGAACUUUCUGUUGUUUACGAAUCAGUAGUUUUACAACUGCGUGCGAUAGUAUUUGCAGUCAACAAUUACGAUGAAGUCAGUAAACUUAAUUCUUUUCAAUCUUUUAGUCAACAACAUCCUGAAUUGAUUGCCAAAAUCAAUAAAAAGUUUCAAAAAUGUCGUAAACAAUAA